AUGUCGAAUCAAGGCUUAGAAGUUGUUUCAAAAUUAAAUAAUGAAUUUGAGAAGUUGUACAAUGCUGGAAAUGUUCAUGAAGCAUGCCAAACGUAUUUAUCAGACGCUAAGGUGUUUGCUAAUGACAAACAGGUGUACGAAGGUCCAUCUCAAAUAGAGAAAUAUUAUCAAAAUGCACGUUCGUCGGGUAACACCCAUGUUAAAUUGGAAGUAAACAAGGUCAUUCAAUGUGGUCAAGAUUAUAUGGUUGAAUUAAGCUCAUACAAGUUGAACAACGAUCAUGGAAACUACGUUGUUACAUGGAAAAAAGAAAAUGAUAAAUGGAAAAAAUUAGUUGACAUAUUCAAUUAG